AUGGCCGGCUCUCGUGAUGCCGCCUCCAGUAAAGGUGUUCCGGCAAGAAAGUAUUUUGCGCAGAACGCCCACACAGCUCACGAGUGCUCACCCAUCGUAUUUGUCGUUGGCGGUGGCCCCGAGCUCUCUGAGAUAAGCACACACCACAAUGGCCUGGUACCUGGUUUGGAUGCACGUGGACUAAGUGGAACCGAAUGGCUGAUGCAUGGACAUCUUUUUGCGAAUCAAGGCGACGAGGCCAUCGCUCCGAGGGGAGCUGGGAGCAGGUAG